UCCGUGGGUGAUGCCCCCCCCCAGUUUUUCCGGGUGCUGAACGGGUACAAGAUCGAGCACAAGCUGCUGCUCACGGGGACGCCGCUGCAGAACAACCUGGAGGAGCUUUUCCACCUCCUCAACUUCCUCACGCCAGAGCGCUUCAACAACCUGGAGGGUUUCCUGGAGGAGUUCGCCGACAUCUCCAAGGAGGACCAGAUCAAGAAGCUGCACGACCUGCUGGGGCCCCACAUGCUGCGGCGCCUCAAGGCCGACGUCUUCAAGAACAUGCCGGCCAAGACGGAGCUCAUCGUGCGCGUGGAGCUCAGCCCCAUGCAGAAGAAGUACUACAAGUACAUCCUGACGCGCAACUUCGAGGCGCUGAACUCGCGGGGCGGCGGCAACCAGGUGUCGCUGCUCAACAUCAUGAUGGACCUCAAGAAGUGCUGCAACCACCCCUACCUGUUCCCCGUGGCCGCCAUG